AUGUCGGGGGCCCCCCUCCCGUCCGGGGCCGAAUCCCAGAGUCAGACUGAUGAAGUCCCCAGCAGCGGAGAGGAGGAGCGGGUGCCAGAUAAAACCACGCCCUGCACUGCUUUAGCUCUUCCCGAGGCUCCGGUCCACAGCAGCAGACGUGGGGAGCUGUCCGGCCGGAGCGGUGCUGACGUGAGGCGGCGGAGCGUUCACAGAAGCCUCCGCCGCUGA